AUGGGUCGUAUGCACGCUCCCGGUAAAGGUAUUUCUGAUUCUGCUCUUCCGUACCGACGGACUCAACCUACUUGGUUAAAGACUACAGCCGAAGACGUACGUGAACAAAUUUUCAAAUUUGCAAAAAAGGGUAUGACACCUUCACAAAUUGGUGUUCAACUCAGAGAUUCUCACGGUAUCGCACAAGUGAAGAGCGUUACCGGGAAUAAGAUUCUUCGUAUAUUGAAAUCAAAUGGAUUGGCACCUGAAAUUCCUGAAGAUUUAUAUCAUUUAAUCAAGAAAGCUGUUGCUGUUCGUAAACACUUAGAACGUAAUCGUAAAGAUAAAGACGCCAAAUUUAGAUUGAUCUUGAUUGAAUCUAGAAUUCAUCGUCUUGCCAGAUACUACAAGAAAGCUGGUCAAUUGGCUCCAAACUGGAAAUACGAAUCUUCAACUGCAAGCGCCUUGGUUGCUUAA